AACGGAUUCAUCAAUCAAUUUUGAGUCAAACACAUUGAAAAUAUGUUUGAUAAUUUGAUCAUAUUCGUGGAUUGUUGAAAAUAUCUGGAAAUUUCAACACCAUGUCAAAAUUUUAAUUUUUCUGGACCAACAAAAAUGUAAUUUUUAGAGAUUUAUAAAAAAAAAAUUAAUUUUUAACAAAAGCAUUUCUUUGCAAUUAUUUUCUGUACAUUUAAAACCAAACCAAACCGGGGCAAAACCGGUAUAAAUUCGAUUUGUAUUCACGCAAAUAUCACAUCUAAUUUUUGAAGAAGAUAAUUUGUUUCUUAUUUCUUUUGCUUGGCAUACAAAAAUUCGAUAUGGGUAAAUCUAAAUCUGAUGUCAACUUAACAUCAUCGAAAGUAAAAGAAGUGAAAUCGAAAUCAGCUGGAUCGAAAUCGAAAAUAGCAGAUUCAGCAGCAAAUGUCAAAAAAGCUGCGUCCAAAACAUCCUCGGCUAUCAAAAAAGAACUCAGUGAUGACGUGAAACAAAAAUUAUUUCAGAAAUUAUGUACCACUGUAAAGAAAGAACAUACGAAAAACGGAGCUAAAUUGGUUAAAACUUUUGGUAAAGAUCCAACAAAAAAAUCGAACAUCGAAAGUUUUAACGAGAAAAUAAAUACAGAAAUCACGAAAAAAAUGGAGAAAAUGAAAUAUAAUGAUGCGAAGAAAAUUAAGAAGGAUUUUAAAUCAAUCAAUGAUAAAAUAUUGAAAGAAGCAGCUAAAACUGAUAAAAUUCUAAACAAAGCUCCAAAGAUGGACAAGGGAAAGAAGGAUCCGGGAGCUAAGUCUAGUACAACAUCAGUAGUAUCAACAAAAUCAUCAAAAAGUGGUGCUGAUUUUAAAUCGUGUGUCGAAGGAACAGUAAACAAAACUCAAGGAUUAAUUGAUAAUUAUGUGAAGUCUUUGGAGACGGGCGUUGUAACGAAAGAAGGUUGGAUAAGCUCAAUUAAAAAAAUAUUUGGAUAUUGAGCAUGGCACCCCCUUUCAAAUUAUUACCAUUCCUCUAGAAACCGUUCCGAGUAUAAGAUGAAUUGGAACUCUUUAAGAUCAUAAUCAUUGCAUCCAACAUUUUUCGAUUUGAUAGUUAUCAACAGCUCGAAGAAAACGCAAGAAGAAAUUGCAAAGAAAUGUUGAUGAUAAAAAAAAUUUUAAAGAAAAAGUAACAAAACCAUAAAAAAAGAAUUUCAUAAAACUUUAUGAACCAUUACAG